UUUUCAUUUACAUGGGGUUCUCAUUAGUUUGAUCGAAAAAGCUGAGUCGGAAUUGCGUAUACGGGCUUCACUGUUUUCAGCAUAAGUUCAUAACUGACUGAACAGCUGCUUAGCUGUCAUUCGUCAAGAAAUAAGCAAAGCGCGUUUCUUGAGUUUGGAUAUAAAUAAGAAUGCAAAUACAGGGAUAAAACUUAGUGAGGCGUGGAAUUGUCUCGAAAUGGCUAAAUAAUUAUCAAUCUGCGUUAGCAGAAAUAAGAGAAUAAUCUUAAAUCAAAUAGAUAAACAAGAAGUAAAUUCAAAAAGCAAGGGGAAAUCAAAGUAAAUAUCAAAUACCUACAUUUAAGGCAUGGAAAACUACAAGUUACAAAUCAUCUACCCCGAUGCGCAGAAUGAUCAGCCGCAUCCACAUUGCCCACAUGGACCAACGCUGUUGUUUCAAACGCCAGCCCAAGCUGUGGGCAAUCAAAUCGCUGCCUAUUAUGCUUGUGCAGCGCAUCGCGAUAAGCGUUUAUGCAACUAUCAUUUGCCGGUUGAACAAGUAACACCUCAAAAAUUGGCAAAACGUUAUGAGUUGGACGGUAUCAUAGACCUUUAUAGACAGCAUCGCCGCAAGUUAUUGUCGGUUUCUAAAGGUGGCGCGUGUCACUACUGUCUUCGCUGCAAUUUGCCAUUGCUACCUGACGAGCUGUCGAGGCAUACGGGACAUGAGAUGGUUUGGAAUCUAUCCGCGGAAUUGCUUCGCGACCCAACACUAUUUCUACGACCACUUGACGACGAUAAAGUACAAGCACAGUAUUUCUUUGAUAUUAAGGCGUUAAGUUUUUUUGCUACUUGUUUUCAUAAUUUAGGCAUAAACAAGGUUGUGUGCAUGGGUGCCCCGCGUUUGCAUGCGUAUAUACGCAAUGAAUGUACCGAAAUGCGUAGUUUCCUACUGGAUUUUGAUCAUCGCAUGUUCUACUUUUAUGACGAUGAUAAUUUCGCGUGGUAUAACAUGUGUAACAACCACUUCUUCGACCAAGCACAGCGUAAGCAGUUUAAGAAAUUUUUAAAGUGCGAACCUGACGAGAAAUUAUUAAUAUUCACUGAUCCUCCGUUUGGCUGCCGUACUGAACCUCUAGCCGCCACUUUACGCCGGCUUACCAGUCUCUUCUGCACCUUAAAUCACCUGCCAUACCAACCUCUGCCAAUAUUUUGGAUUUUUCCGUAUUUUUCCGAACAUUAUAUACAACAAGAAAUGCCACACAUGCGCAUGUGUGACUACAAAGUUAACUAUACCAACCACGUCUCAUUCAAAGAUGUCGGUGUUGGAAGCCGUAAGCUAGGCUCACCGGUACGUGCUUUCACCAAUGUGCCGUUGGAGCUGUUACGCUUGCCCGUUAAAGAGGAAUAUAAAUACUGUGCCUUAUGUCAGCUUUACACUGCUUUAGAAAACCGCCAUUGUGACAAGUGCGCUUGCUGCCCAUCGAAGAACGGUAGCACUUAUCGUCAUUGUGAGCUUUGUGGGUGCUGUGUCAAGUCCAAAUAUUUGCAUUGCAAAAAUUGUAGGCGUUGCACGCAGUCCGAAGAACAUGAGUGCCAAAUGUAUCAAGCCAAUCAGCAUUGUUGGAUCUGUUUGCAGAAGGGACAUACAGAAUUCAGUUGUGCCGAGUGGAGUAAACAUUGUCGACGUAAACAUAUUGUUGACACUUGUGAGAAGGUGAUCACCUGCUUAUUGUGCAAACGAAAAGGACACAAUGAGCGCAGUUGUGCGCAUCGGAGCAAAUAUCUUGACGAGGUCACAUUUAUGGGCGUGACUGAAGUAACAUUCAAAUAA